AUGGAUUCGAUGGACCUCGACCACGAUAUGGACAUUGAUGUCGACCUUGUUGCCGACGAGCCCAUCGUCCCCGAGCCCGAUCCGGGCAACCGCUCCCCUGGUGAGAUCGACGACGAUGCAGACGCCCGGUGCCCCUCCAAGGUCUUCAUCAAGGGUCUAGAUAUCAUGAACCCUAAUGACGUCAAGGCCUACGUUGCGCAACACUGCUCCGACCACUCUCUGCACCUCGAGAGAAUAGAAUGGAUAGAUGAUAACUCCGCAAACCUGCUUUUUGCCUCUGAGGCCGUUGCCCUCCAGGCCCUCCAGGCCCUCAGUGCCGCCGACUAUCACAUAUCAGAUGUAUCGCAGUUGCCUGCUCGGCAGCUGCUCCCUGCCAAACCCUAUUCGGAAAAUCCAGAGGUUGCUCUCCAGGUACGGCCCACCCUCGAGAGUGACAAGAAACAAGCAGGUGCUGCUUCGCGGAGUCGUUUUUAUCUCCUAAACCCAGAAUACGAUCCCGAGGAACGACGGCGAAAGAAUGAAGAAAGAAGAUAUCGCGACCGAACUGGUGACGGCUUGUCGCGGAGACGUGGGCGUCAAGCAAGAGCUGAUGAAAGCGAUGAACCGUUCGACGUGAAUCUUUACGACGACAGUCCCGCCCCUGCAGAGAUAAAGGGAUAUUCCCGGCGCAGGCGCUCGCUCACACCCGAUCAUGAAACGACUGAGCCACGGAUCGAUUCAUACAGACCAUCAAACCGAGGCAAGGAACUCUUUCCCGAGAGCCUAAGCUCGAGGCACGGAGUCUCACGAAAUCGCUCAGCUUCUCCAGUUCCCGAUCGGGAUGGCGAUCGGAACAUGGACGAUCUGGCAAAUAAUGGGUCAGCUGUAGCGCGGGAGCGCAACCGCUACAGGGCACAAGCUAUCAAGAGUCAUAUUUCGCGUCAGAACCGGGCGAAGGAACUAUUCCCAAGCGAGGCAGUGUCAGAAAGUGGGCGUUUAGGCGAUAAAGUCGAAGAUGCGGCUACCCUUCUGUCCAAAGGCAUCACGCUUCCUCUCAUGGACGGCAGUGACGAUGCGCCGGCCGUUGAUGCUCGUAAGCUAGCAGAUCGCGUCAUAAUCCCUGGCAAGGGUAAAUUGGCAGAUAGAAUUACUAAUUCAGAUCCGAUGGGGAGCACGGCUUUCAAUAUCCGUGGUGUAGCGGAUCGAAGGAGCCCUAAUACGGGGUUUGCCAUCAAAGGCUCCGCAGGAAAAUCGGCGAAGGAGCUUUUCCCUGAUAAGUUUGGCGAAAAUGCCGGGAAGGAAUUAUUUGGGGAUACAGCAGGGGGGCGACCUAGACAGCGGCAAAGGGCGGGUGAUCUAUUUGAUUAA